UCCAAAUCCAUACAUCAACCAUGGAUCCACCCGCACAGACACCAGCCACCCAGCGCGCCCUCUUCCUCCCCGAGAUCCUCACUGAGAUAAUCGCCUGGAUCCACGCCGACACGCUUAACACCUGGCCCACCACGCGCGCACCCCUCCCCCCAGAAUCCACCCCCACCCUAUCCGCCGACGACUGCGACGACCCUCCCAAAGAGACAAGCAUCGACGUCGACGACGACCAAGCCUCAAUCGCCGACACCACCUGGGACGAGGACGCAGACGAGCACGAAUCCACAUACCACUACACCCGCGCAGGCGCCCUCUACCGCUGCGCCCUCGUUAGCCGCCACUGGUCGGCCACGACCCUCCCCGUGCUCUGGCGCGACGACCUCGAGUGCUCGCACAGCAGCAACGACCUCCUCGACCGCCUGGCGCGGAUUGCCGACCCUGCGCGCCGACAGAUGUACGCUGCGAUGGUGACGCGCGCCCGCCUCGUCACCGCCGCCGAGCCGGUCACGCAGUAUUACGGCGCAGCACUGCGCGAGGUCGAGUUUCCCCGGCUAGAGUCUGUCACCUUGGUGUGUCCCGGGGCGGGCGGGGGUGAAUUGUCGUGUGUGCCGCCGGUGCGGGGUGGCCAGGUCAGGGUGCUGGAGAUCGAUCCGCGGUUCGAGUCGUGGCCGGAUACGUACUGCGUGCGGCAUGCGGAGUGGAAGGCGUUGUUUGAGGAGAUUCCAACAAGAUUCCCGAAUGUUGAGACGGUGGCGUUUCUGGACCGUGCGAGGGUGUUUCCCGGCGCGUUGGAGCGGUUUGCGGAGAGGCUUUCUGCUUUGAAGAGGUUGGAUCGCCGACUUGUUAUCGAGAAUGAGGAUAUUUAUAGUCCCGGGUAGAGGGUGCAUGGUGGGA